AUGGUUGAGUUUAACCAGGAUAAACAGUGGGCCCAAGAUGAUGGGUUAAAGAAGGGGAAAGCCCUUCCUAAAGUGCCUAAAGCUCCUCUAUGUCUUCGAAAACGGGAAAAUUCAGAGGAUUCUUUAAAUCCCCAAGAACAAACAGCUCCAAAGAUGUUGAAGGUGCUAACACUUGUUUCAAGAUCAGUUGAUGUUCGAUCUGCUAAUCCUUUAAGCAUCCAAGGGUCUGUUAAAUUGAGUUCAUCAAACGAAUCUGAUCAUGCACUCCUUUCAUCAUGCAUGUCCAACGAUGCUUUUAAGAAGCAAGAUAAGGCUCAAAUCGUGGAAGGAUUCCAACCAUAA